AUGAGUGUAGAUGAUGAUGCCAAGUGGCUGGAAUGGGUAACCAAGCAGUUUGAAAAUAUUGCUGGUGAGGAUAAAGAGAUUAGUUUGGAAGAAUUCAAGACAGCACUUAAAGUAAAAGAGUCCUUCUUUGCAGAAAGAUUUUUCACUCUGUUUGACUCUGAUGGGAGUGGCAGUAUAAGCUUGGAUGAAUUAUUGAAGGCCCUGAAUCUCCUCACUCAUGGAAGUGAAACAGACAAACUACGAUUCCUUUUCCAAGUCUAUGAUGUAGAUGGCAGUGGCUCCAUAGACCCCGAUGAGUUACGCAUCGUCCUCAAAUCCUGUUUACGAGAAAGUGCCAUCUCACUACCAGAGGAGAAGCUUGAUGACCUCACGAUGGCACUUUUCGAAUCUGCUGACAAAGACAGCAGUGGCGCGAUUACCUUUGAGGAGCUCAAGGAAGAGCUGGAGAACUUUCCAGAAGUAAUGGAGAACCUGACAAUAAGUGCUGCCAAUUGGCUAAAACCACCGACUACAGAGAAAUACAUGAGACAGACCCCACGGUAUCUGACACGAGCCUACUGGCACAAUAAUAGCCGCAAGCUGCUCUUCAUGUGUUGUUACAUCCUCAUCAACAUCUUUCUUUUCACGUUUGCUGCCAUGAAACAUACCAGCUUUGGUGGGUGGGUUAUGUUGGCAAAAGGCUGUGGGCAGUGUCUUAACUUCAACUGUACCUUCAUUGGGGUCCUUAUGCUGCGCCGAUGUCUGACCUGGUUAAGAGCAACCUGGAUGGUGCGGGUUCUGCCUUUGGACCAACAUGUACUCUUGCACCAGCUGGUGGGGUUUGCUAUAUUUGGACUGAGUAUUAUUCAUGCUAUUGCACAUGUCGUGAACUUUGUGAAAUUGACUCACGUUGGGACCUACCAGCUGUGGGAGUAUCUCUUUACAACAAGGCCUGGGAUUGGUUGGAUUUAUGGAACCGCAUCCAUUACUGGAGUAAUUUUGCAGCUUCUGAUCAUUUUGAUGUUAAUCUGUUCAAGCACAUUUGUUCGUAGGAGUGGACACUUUGAGGUGUUUUAUUGGACCCAUUUGAGCUACAUUUGGGUCUGGGCUCUGUUAGUCCUUCACGGUCCCAACUUCUGGAAGUGGUUUGUGGUCUCAGGAUUCUUGUUCCUUAUGGAAAAAAUAGUCGGAAUCACAGUUUCGCGAAUUGGUGGCACUCAGGUUGUGGAGGUUAACUUGCUGCCAUCUAAGGUUACCCAUCUAGUUAUCAAGAGAUCACCAUUCUUUCACUAUAAACCAGGAGACUAUGUGUAUGUCAACAUUCCAGCAAUAGCCAAGUAUGAGUGGCAUCCGUUUACAAUCAGCAGUGCUCCAGAGCAGCAAGACACUAUUUGGCUUCAUGUCAGGUCCCUUGGCCAGUGGACCAACCAACUCUAUGAAUACUUCCGACAACCUGAGCUACUGGGCAAUGAACCAAAGCGGCUGACAAAAAACCUGAGGAACAUGAAGCACCAGAAGUGUGCACAGCACCUUUGUAACUUGGCUGCCUCUAAUGAUUCAGUAGCGACCAACAAGGAGGACAUGGUAGAGCUGACAUCAUAUAAACCCCGCCAGCACCGCCAGAAUGAGCCCUUGGACAUUAACGUCAAACUGGAUGGUGCAGAUGGCCCUCAGCUCCGAGAGGUCUCUACAAAACUGAGUGACAAUCAUCGAUACUGCAACAUUAAGUGCUACAUUGAUGGCCCAUAUGGGACACCAACCAGGACAAUCUUCACCUCAGAGCACGCAGUGUUGAUUGGAGCUGGCAUCGGUAUCACCCCAUUUGCUUCCAUUUUGCAAAGCAUCAUGUACAGGUAUCGCAUGAGAAAGCAGAAUUGCCCUAAUUGUAGUUAUUCCUGGUGUGAAAAUGUCAAGGAUAACGAGAUGAGUUUGAGAAAGGUUGACUUUAUCUGGAUCAACAGGGACCAGAAGUCAUUUGAGUGGUUUGUUAGCCUCCUAACUAAACUCGAGAUGGACCAGGCAGACGAAGAGCCUCAAGGUAGAUUCUUGGAGAUGCACAUGUACAUGACCUCUGCUCUCAGUAAAAAUGACAUGAAAGCUUUAGGUCUACAGAUGGCUCUAGACCUGUUGGCAAAGAAGGAGAAUCGUGAUUCCAUUACAGGCCUGCGAACCAGAACACAACCAGGGCGGCCGGAUUGGAGCAAGGUUUUCCAAAAAAUUGCUGAAGAAAGGAAGGGAAAGGUCCACGUUUUCUUCUGUGGUUCUCCAGUGCUGGCUAAAACAAUCAAGGCUCAAUGUGAGCAUUUUGGCUUCAAGUUCUACAAGGAAAACUUCCAGUGA